AUGCCAGUUUCUCCCUGGUGUCAGCCUCAGAUGCCAUCUCAACGUCAGGACCCAGCUCGCACUAGCCCUAAGAAGAGGAAGACAAAGCGCAAAGCCGCGGAUUCUGACGGGCGGGAUGUGUCAACCAAGAAAUCGCGGGCUGAGGCUGAAGCACCCAUCGCGUCGCAGCAGCCUACUCGACGUUCUGGACGUCCUGGUGCUGGAACAGGAGGUAGAGUUAGUCAACUCGAGAUCAUUGGAGCACUCUUGGGUGCCCCAGCACAUACCAGCCAGCCCAAAGGCUCCACCUCCCUCGACUCUAGUAUCCCUACCAAUCCGCUUGCUCCAGAACCGCCUCACAAGAGAGGCCGGAUGAAGAAGCCCCCUCCACCAUAUAGUGCCUCUGGCAAGCCGAUGGAUUCUGCGCCUUCGAGACCACAGGGGGAAAAAGCUACAGUGGCGAAGAAACCUGCUCCCGUUGCCUCAACUGUCGAGUCCAUGGAUUCUGCGCCUUCGAAACCACGGGGAAAAAAAGCUACAUUGACGAAGAAAACUACUCCCGUUGCCUCGACUGUCGAGCCCCCAAACCUCCAACCCAGUUUCGUACAUCGUGAAGCGGGUGCACGCUUUGGUUUUUCUCAGUUCAUCGUUCCCCCUGGUACAGAGCCUGACCUGCAGGCACUCAACAACCCUUUUGUGGCUGCAGCCAGGGAGAAGCAGGCUCUUUCAGCAGGUCUAGCUGCACGUCAGCCUGAUGCUAACUCAGACUUAUUCCAGAACCUGGAUCCUACCCUUCGGCCAGUCAACAACGGACCGCAAGAUUCAGGAGCUGAAAGCACGGAGACAUCUAGUGAGGGUGGCGAUGGAAAUACUGACGACGACGACGAUGACGAAGAUCACACGGACAAUGAAGUUGGCUGGGGAGCAGCGCAGGGGCGCGUGACUGAACAUCCUGGUUUCUCAAAAGAAGAUUUACCGUCUCAACCCCAUGUCGCUCGUGCUCUUCCAACCGACUUCAAUUUUCAAUAUUCACGUGAUGAAGGUGACAUUAACGCAGAAAGAUCUUUGGCAGAUGAUAUCUCCAGUACUGAUGAUACCACGACCAAGCCGGCUGAACCUAAGCCAGAUGAUGUCUUACAGCGCCACCACCAGAAAAAUGGACGCCCUCGACUUCCUGAUCCACAAGUUCUUGACCUCCUACGUCACGCCGAGACAAAGUCUUCCAAGUCAAAGGACACAAACGUCAAGACUACAUCAGCAAAAGUGAAGGAAUCAGGUGAUGGGCCUAGAGCCACUCAACUAGGCUGGUAUGGUCCACGAUGGAAAAACUUCCUUGAGGUUACGAAGAGCGAGUGCCGCGCCCAACACGCGAUAGAGAACCCAUUCCCCAAACUAGCGAAAGAUUUGACAGGUUCCAUCAACGAGAUACUCAUGGCUUCGCUUGUCGAAUGGCUCGAGGGUGGUCAACAAGUCGAAGAGGGUAUUUGGCCUGAUCGCAAGCAUGAUAUGGCAAAACUGCUGUAUGAGGAUUUAUCAACGUGGCGCUCGGACCUCAAGAAGACCGUUGCCAGUAUUGUGCCCUCCAUGUACGACCUCAUACCUCCAUCUCAUGUCCCACCCCAACAACGUGCUGCCUGGGUUGAAGAAGCUGCCACGGAGUUGCUCAAAGACGCUAUUUUCUUACGCAACGGUGUAGAUGAAAAUGGGAAAACCGAAAACGCCUCUCAUCCUGUGCUCCGCGAGGCUUCUAUCUCUUUCUUCUAUACAGGGUCUUACCGUGUUGCUCGCAGGAGACCUGAGGUCUUCCAGAAGUCUUUACCGCUAGAGUGCUUGGCACUGGUUUGCACCGCGGUUAAUUGUGUCCUAGAUGGCUUUGCUAAGAACGGCAGCGGAAAAUCAUUUCCGAAGUUCACCGCAAAGGAAUACUCUUCUUUGUAUACUGCUAUGCUCACUAACCUGGAAUCGAUCAUGCGUGACCCUUACCAUGGACCGAAAUUAGCGCGGCAACUUCGUUCCUGGGCUGCAGCUGGAUGGCAAGGAGUUUUUGCUUUCGAAGUAUUGCAUGCUGAUGAAGUUCUCACAGGGCGGAGUCCUACAAAGUCGACGGCAAUGUGA